AUGUCCUGCUUCGGCGGCCGCGACGAGCAGAUCUACAUGGUCGAAAUGCUGGUCCACAAGCUGACGUUGACGCGAAACAAGAUCAAAGACAUCGGCGAGUUCCCGGUCGCGGUGAAGAUCAAGUUCCUCGACUUCCCUGUGUUCGAGAUCACGCGGGAGGAUUUCUACUCGCUGAAACCGCCGCCCCCCGGCGAAGACGGCACCUUUCACUUCAUGAUAGGCAGGAGUUGCCUGUUCGUGAAGCAACCGAAGGAGCUCGUAAGGGAGUUACAAUCGACAAUGAUAAAGGUCGGCGUGUUUCGUCUGGGGGACACGUAUCCCAUCGCUGAAACCGAGAUCACGUUGCCCGGCUGUCUGUGCGACCAAGUGGCCAUGGCUCAAAACGACCCCGCGAAUCUGCCGAAACCAUUUAUGGUAAAAGGUAGCUUCAACUUGUUGGACCCCGGCGAGAACCCUUCGGGAACGUUGGAGAUGGAAAUGAGACUGUUGUGUUACGGUAGAUCGAUCAUGACCCACUACGAGCUGCAUCCUAAGUUCUUCACGUUUCGAAACGACGACAGAGAAAGAGAAUUCUGCGUUAGACGAUUGGUACCGCCUAGUUAUCGUCCGGAUGUUAAGGAUAUCGCUGAUUAUCCGGAUAGAACGACGAUGGACGAGUUGAAGGACAAAGAGAAAGAGAGAUUGUCGCAGACGAAAAGGCGGAAAGGAAGAAAGAGUAGGAGGUGA